CCCCGCCCGCGGGCUGCCUGCUCCGCCGCCAUGGCCACCUCCCCGCAGAAGUCGCCCUCGGUCCCCAAGUCCCCCACUCCCAAGUCGCCCCCUUCCCGCAAGAAAGAUGACUCCUUCCUGGGGAAACUCGGCGGGACCCUGGCCCGGAGGAAGAAAGCCAAGGAGGUGUCAGAGCUUCAGGAAGAGGGGAUGAACGCCAUCAACCUGCCCCUCAGCCCAAUUCCCUUCGAGCUGGACCCCGAGGACACAAUGCUGGAGGAGAAUGAAGUGCGAACGAUGGUGGAUCCGAACUCACGCAGCGACCCCAAACUUCAAGAACUGAUGAAGGUAUUAAUUGACUGGAUUAAUGAUGUGUUGGUUGGAGAAAGGAUCAUUGUGAAAGACCUGGCUGAAGAUCUGUAUGACGGACAAGUCCUGCAGAAGCUUUUUGAGAAACUUGAGAGUGAGAAGCUAAAUGUGGCUGAAGUCACCCAGUCAGAGAUUGCUCAGAAGCAGAAACUGCAGACCGUCCUGGAGAAGAUCAACGAAACCCUGAAACUUUCUCCCCGGAACAUCAAGUGGAAUGUGGACUCUGUUCAUGCCAAGAGCCUGGUGGCCAUCUUGCAUCUGCUGGUCGCUCUGUCUCAGUAUUUCCGCGCACCAAUCCGACUGCCAGACCAUGUUUCCAUCCAGGUGGUCGUGGUCCAGAAACGAGAAGGAAUCCUCCAGUCUCGGCAAAUCCAAGAGGAAAUAACUGGUAACACAGAGGCUCUGCUUGGACCACACUAACGCGAUGCCUUUGACACCCUGUUCGACCACGCGCCAGACAAACUCAACGUGGUGAAGAAGACACUCAUCACCUUCGUGAACAAGCACCUGAAUAAGCUGAACCUGGAGGUCACAGAACUGGAAACACAGUUUGCAGAUGGGGUGUACCUCGUGCUGCUCAUGGGGCUGCUGGAAGGCUAUUUUGUACCCCUGCACAGCUUCUUCCUGACCCCGGACAGCUUUGAACAGAAGGUCUUGAAUGUUUCCUUUGCCUUUGAGCUCAUGCAAGAUGGAGGGCUGGAAAAGCCAAAGCCACGGCCAGAAGACAUCGUCAACUGUGACCUGAAAUCCACACUGAGGGUGCUGUACAACCUCUUCACCAAGUACCGGAACAUGGAGUGAGGGGUCACCUGGGCCCCCACUGCCCAGAAGUCUUGCUGUAGGCAGAAUGGACCAUCCUCUGAACCAUCUUUCCCUGCUUACCCCUCUCUUGCUCUGUGCUUUCCCACAAAUCCAGCUACAACCCAGAGACAGUGGGAAUCAAAGCCAGGAAGGGAAUGAUCAGUACCCAGAGAACCAGCUUGCGGCUCCCAGGCCCUGCAGUUGGACCCAGCAAUGACCUGGGAAGGUUGUCCCCAUCCUGGUGCCAGGUCCAGAUUUCCCUCAGUGUGAUUUGGGAAUCAGCUUCAGCAAAAGAGAGUCGCCGGGAGCUGACCAUAGAGAUCACGGUCACCACUGAGUGGGUGUGCAUGACGGGCCGGGUACCACGCUGAGGGAUCUGACACUCGAGCACAUUAAUCCUCACAGCUCCCACUGACGGAGGUGUCAUAAUCCCCUCUUACAGAUGAGGAAACUGAGGCUCAGAGGUGGUGACUUGCCAGAAGUUGGAAUUUGUUUUUCCUCUGAACAAUCUCUUACUAACUAGUCAAUGAUAUCACAAUCUUUUGCAUUCUAAAGUUCUGUGUUUGCACACACAUGCAUAUAUAUGUGCAUGUGCACAUCUGAGCAAAGGGAGGUAAGAACCCACUGAUCUCACAAGGGCAGACGAGGUCAGGCUUAUGAUUCCCACUGAAAUUGGCAAAUCGAAUUUCACCCAAUUAAUAGUGUGUGUGUGGCAGGAGCCAUGUCCCUCAAAUCCUUUGUACAAAUGAAAAUUACUCUUAAUUCCUUCAGAUUUAUAAUAACUCCGUACCCAGGUUUCAGGAUGACAUUUGGGAAGGGUUCUCUUCAGAAUUAAUGGACUGACCCAUUUUACAGCCUUUCUGCUUGAUUGCAUGUAAUGGAAAUGCCCUAUAUUUUCCCGCAGAAUGCACGUUCAAUUCAUUAUCGUUAGGCAAAUGUACAAAACCCUCAGGCACCGCAGAGAGCCAGCGCAGGCCCACGUGAGCCUCACUUAGGAAACAGGGCUCUUCAGCAGGGACCCUUGAACUUUAAAGAAAGGAACUCCUUUUGCCUUCUAAUUGAUCAUUUAGACCAUUCUGGCUAAGUCUGCCCACAUGCAAUUACCAGCUAAUUUGGGCGAGGAGGAAAAAUGUAAGUCAUUUAGACCAAAGCUGGCAGUUUCCUGCGUGGGUUACUCGGGACUUGUGGUAACUUGAGUCUCCUCUAUGAGAACCUCACUUUGAAACUCAGAGCUGUGGUGGUACUGGGCUGCUAGGUCCGAUAGGAACAGGAGAGGGGCUGAGGGGGAGUGGGCAGUGACUAGGGGGACAAGAAACAUGGGCAAAAUAUUUGCAGACUUAACAUACAGCACACUGCCCUCAAGGACAGAGAGGCAGGACUUAUGAAACUUACCACUGGACCCGUAGCUUGACCGGGACCUUGGGGGAAAUGAUAAUAACUUGCAGUUGAUACUAUAUCUUCAUUAUAGAAUUUACAUAAAUAUGCUAGAUAGACACCAGCUGGUGUCCCCUCUUCUAGAAGUCUGUCUGCCUUGUCACUGCUUAAAGCCCAUCUCUAGUUUAAGGCAUUUAAUAUGAUCUCUGACAUCCAAAGUCAGGCCUAGCAUAUUGUCCAGAACAUUCCUUUCAACCUUGCCAUGCGCUAACUCAGAAUCCAUACAAUUUAGAUAUAUAUUUCUUUGGAUAUUUUGCUCUAAGAAAGACUUAUUACUCAAUGAGCAUUCAAGAUGUAUAGGCAAUGGAUGCUCAUGUCAAUUUCUGUCAAAGAAUACGAUUCUUUUUUUUACAUAUUUAGUGAGUCAUAUUUUUAUUAGGAAACACUAAAUACUAUAAUGUUUCUAUUGCUGUCUUUUAAAUCUCUGGUAGCAAAUCGAGAUAAUUGCUUUGUCUCCUUGAGCAAUACUGAAGCAGGAUGAAAUGAGAAGAAUGUAUUCACUUAAACAUGCUUUACUGUAUGA